UCAAAACUUGUGCACACGCCAUUACGUCGUUCUGGGAAGCUGGAUGUACCGCACGCUGCCGACAAGGCGUCUUGGGUCGGGCGGGGCGGUUCGGGUCGUUAGACGGCGGCUAGCCACCGAGGCAGCGCCCACGCCCGCCGCGCCUGCCCCGAAAAAGCGACACAUCGUCCGCAACCUCUUCCUGACGAGCACCGGUCUCGUCGGGACGUUUUACCUUGCCUCUCCCUUCCUCGCAUUCAAGAACGAGAUCUACUACGAGUUUUUCACAGACAAUGUCCCGCUGGGGCAUGCCGUCAUGGACUACGCGGAGAGCAACCACUGGAACAAGGCCACGCCCGAGUCCGUGCUCGCAGACGUACAGAAAAUGCUCGAGGAUGCACAGCGCUUCGUCACGGACAAGAUCAACGGCACGACGGCGUCGGGCACCGUGCAGGACACCAAGGCCGUCGCGAGGAACACGAAGGAGGCUGCUCUGCGUAUCGUCCAGGAGUCCAAAGACCGCGCCAACGCAGCGGCCGCCCGGAUCAAGACGGAGGUGAAGAAGGACGUCGCAGAGACCAGCGCGGUCGUGAAGCACCAGUCUGAGCAGUUCACGCGCGAGAUCAGGGAGCUCGUGCGCGAUGCGGAGAACGCCCUGACGCAGGGUGUAGAGGUCGCUGCUCUCGCUACGGAGUCGGACGUCUCGGCUCCUCCCCCCGCUUCAAGAGACACCGCACCUGAUGUCUACGACGCUCCUUUGCCCGUUGGAUUCGAGCUCCCCCAUGGCUACAGACGUCCGCCUCCCCCUCCUGCACCGAAAGAGCCCGAGCCGGCAAUGGAGCCCCUUCCUCGUCUCACGCCUGCCCUAGUUUCCAUCACAGGUUCUGAGCCCAUCGUGGCGCAUCUGGCCGGUACCAUCGACAACCUGACCGCCUUCGUGGAGGCGAACCCGGCAUCUGCGGCGCAAGCUGCUCCCGUGAUCGAUGCCGCCAAAGCGGACCUGACCGCCCUCGUGGAGCGGAUCGAGAAAGUGCGCGAGACGGAGCGCACGGAGCUCGAGGGCAAGCUGGACGACCAGACGCGCGAGUAUACUGUGAAACUGCUGGAGCUCGAAAUGGAGGCGCAGGACAAGCUGGAUGGCCAGGAACAGGACUUCCGCCGAUUCUUUGAUGAAGAGCGGGCCAAGUUGAUCGAUGCGUAUAGACUGAAGCUGGAGCUUGAGUUGGAGACUCAGACAGAGCUCAUCAACGAGCGACUCAAGGAAGAAGUCGUCGCCCAGGGCAUUGAACUCCAACGCCGCUGGAUUCGCGAGGUCAAGGUCCACGUCGAACAAGAACGCGGAGGCCGACUGGCGAAGAUCGAGGAAUUGGCGACCAACCUGAAGAAGCUCGAGCGGAUCGCGCUAGACAACUCGGUGUACCUGGACGAGAACCUGCGGAUCCACGCGCUGUGGUCCGCCCUCCGCGCGCUGACAGCCUCGGCCAUCAGCAGCCCCGUGCGCAAACCCUUCCGCGAGGAACUGCGCAUCGUGCGCCACAUCUCUGCCGCCCGCGACGACGAGGUCGUAGCCGCUGCCCUCGAGUCCCUCGAGGCCUCGGACGUUCCCGACGUCGGCGUCGAGCCCUUCGCCGAUCUGGCGACGUGGUUCGCACGCGAGGUCGCGCCGAAGGUGGCGCAUGUGGCGCUCGUGCCCGAGCAGGAUGCGGGGCUGCUCUCGCAUCUCGCGAGCCGCGCCUUCGCCGCUCUCCAGUUCCGCCGCCAAGGUCUGGUCGCGGGCGAUGACGUGCUGAGCGUCCUCGCGCGGGCCGAAUACCAUCUCAACGAGAAGGAUCUUGACAGCGCGGCCCGCGAGCUCAACCAGCUCAAGGGGACCGCCAAGCUGCUGUUGGCGGACUGGCUCGAUGCUGCGCGCAAGCGGCUGGAGGUUGAGCAGGCCCUCGAAGUCGUGCAGGCGCAGGCGACGUUGGCAUCCUUGUUGGUAGUGUAAUGCAGCAUCAUACAUCCAUAGAGAACUCCUGCAACACAACACCAACAUCUUGAGUCUGUAUAUUUCAAGCUAGGUCCGUGUUCUGAGCUUCGCUUCGGCUGAGAAAGGCGAAACGCCGGGGCCUUGGGUAAGUGAUGCACUUCCUGCGAGAAGUACUAUCUAAGAAGAAAAGAUAUCAGUUGGCAAGUCUGACCUGAUAAAACGAAUGGGAGCGGUGUAAUAAUGAAAGGAUAGAGGAUCAAAACGUUCCGACACGGGGAAUUGAACCCCGGGCUGCCGCGCACUCGACCUCACUGCUGAGAGGCGGCAAUGUUAGCCACUACACCAUAUCGGAUAAUUGCAGCGCCUUCAAGAAAGCACUAGAUAGCUCGUAUCAAAUGAUG